ACAGCUGAUUUUACUUGGCGCCAUUAGUAGCUACUUCCGAUUCAGAGGAACUACUUAAAUUUGUAAACAACGAGUAUUUUUAACAGAAAUGACGACGUUAAUUGAACAGUUAAUUGCUAAACUGGGCUUAAGGGAUGAACCCAAUGUGCUAGAGAAAACCACUGAAUUGGUGCGCCUGCUGGAUUUGCGAUCCACCAAUGUCCCUUUGAAUGUUAAUGAAUAUGGAAAGAUUGUUCUGUGCGCAGACCUCGCCUCAAACCUUUUAGGUAUUGGCUUCGACAAAGAGCAGGCCUUGAAAAUAUCUAUGCUCCGCAAGACCCACUACCUGAACCACAAACGCAUGUUUGAGAAGCUGUUGGACCUAAACAAGCUGGCCAGCGUGAAAGACAUUUGCGUGCAGUUAAAUCUAAAUGAGGUUUCUCGCAAAGCUGAAGAGCUUAUGACACUUUUCAAGGCACUGGCGGCCACCCAGGACACUGACAUCGACACUAAUCAUCCCCAGUACGCGGCAAUCGCCGUGUUUCAUGCUUGCCGAUUGCUCAAGACAAAAGUGUCCAAGACGAAACUAAUGCCCUUUAGUAAUCUAAGGCCCACCCAGUGGCAGCAGCUCGAACAUCAGUGGGAGCGCAUGAUCACCAAACACUACAAGGAGAACAAAGUUGCCUCUGCCUCAGAUUUGGAGGGAAAACUUAAGCAAAGCCAGCAGGAGAACAUCAUUGGGCAAGAGUCUAAAAAACCAUUAAAGCCACAGGUAGAGGAUUACGAAAAAUGGAAGGCAAGAAUGCUGGCAACGGCAGAAGCUAAACUAAUAGAAAUGGAAGCUAUGGAAGAAAUGGAAGCGUAGACCAAACAU